UUCAGCCCCCACGUGACCUCAGCCGCCCAAUCAGGAGUUUCGUUACAGGCGCAUUGCGGCUCUCUGGAUGUAAGGAGGAAUGGCGACGGUCGAGACGCUUUUUGGAGGUUUGAGGCUCUGAAUUCAACCAAACGGCGGCGGAUUCUGCCUAGUUUGAGGUGUGGAGGCCUGACAUGGACAGUGAAGGAGCAGAGACCUCCUCUGUGACUCCAUCCACCAGCAGAGUCAGCCUGGCAGCAAAGCAGAGGGACAGCAGAAGAGCAGCUGCCACCACCCCAUCCUUCCUGUCCAACCUGGGCAAGGCCACCCUCCGGGGCAUCCGCCGGUGCCCCCAGUGUGGCGUCUUCAAUGGCACCCGUGGGAUCAGCUGUAAGAACAAGGCCUGCGGGGUGUCCCUCAGGAACGCCCCGGGGGCGGCCAAAAGCAGCAAGAGGAGCACGGUGGAGGUGGUGAGGCUGAUCACAGAUGCCGAAGAGAAAGGGGGCAAAAGUCAGGAGGAUGGGGGAGUCCUGGGGGGCGGCUCGGGGGGAGGAGCGGAGGUGUUCUCUGUGUGCCACAGGGGGAGAGGACGCUCUCAGUGGGGCUUUGUGGAGCUGGUGCCCACGGACACGGCCAUCGCCACGGGAGACGGCACCACGCUGCUCACACGCAUCAACCUGGGCCGCUGCUUUCUACCCUACUGUAAGCAGAGUCAGAGGUUAAACCAGCGGGAGGCAGAUCCGGCCGCAGUCAAGCCGUCCUCCGACAGCCUCUGCAUCCACAUCCGGCAGGCCAUCGAGUGCCAGAGUCGAGCUACGCCGCUCACCCUGAAGAGCUCCGUCCUGGACAGCUUGCAGGUCUCGGCGGAGCUGCGGGAGGAGCUGUGGAAACUCGCCAUCUUCUCUCCGGGGCCCCUGGUGCAGCAGGUCUCCAAAGACACGCUGGUUGUGAAGUGUCAGCCAGACUCCCAUCAUCCUCUGGGGCUGCUGCACUUCAGGGUCAACUCGGCAUGUCCGUCGGAGGCCUCCAAAGGAGAAAGGAGCGUCUUUCACUGCGCCUGCCAGGUCUGCGCCAGGUCGGGCAAACCUGGAGCAAACGGAGCGGGGAGAGAGCACCCCGCCUGCUCCACCCUCCCACAGCCAUGCCUGCACUUCUACGCCUGUGUGUGGGCCUUCGCCAGCAGCAAAAAACUGACCCCUGAGUUUGCAGCCUUCCCCGAGGCCGCCUCCUCUUCCUCCUCCUGUGGAGUUCCUCUGAAACCCUCCGUCACUUCAAACUCUGAUGAGAAAGUUCUGCUGCAGCCUGACACCCAGCCCCCCCACCCCAAAGCCAUGAAGAUCUGUCUGGACGAAUCGUCCUUUGGCAAAGCUCCACCUGCAGCGUGGAAGGAGGGGGCGUCGGCCUCCGGUCCGAGGAAGGCCGCCGGGAGGAAAGCUGGCGGCGUCAAGGCUGCAGGGAGCCCUCAGGUUAUGGACGAGUGCACGUUGACCAUGAGCUUCCAGCAGUGGCUGGCCGGCGUGACGGAGCGGAUCCACCAGACCAUGGACUACCAGUGUGAUGGGAGACCGGAGCCUUUAGUCUAUCACAUCCCUCAGGAAUUCUUCAACGCCCUGCAGCAGCGACUGUCGCUUGGAUCCAAGAAAAGGAGGCUGCCAAACUUCACAACAGCCUUUCUGAGGACCGACGGGGCUCCCGCGGGCUCUUUCUCCAAAUACACGUGGCACAUCACAAACCUGCUGCAGGUCAAACGCAUCUUUGACACCCCAGAGCUGCCGUUGGAGAUCACUCAGAGUUUCGUGAGGAACGCUGACGGCUCGUACUCGCGCUUCCGAUGCCCCGACCCGCAGCCCAAACAGGAGCCACUCGACGGCUCCAGAGCAGACCGGCCUCAGGCCAUCAGGCCCAUGGAGCUGCGCACCUUCCUCAAAGUCGGACCGGCCGACCAGAAAGAGGCCAGUCCGUUUGUGAUCGAGUGGAUCCCCGACGUCCUGCCGCGCUGCCAGAUGGGGGAGCUGCGGAUCAGCUUCGAAUUCGGCCACCAGCAGAGCGGCCAGCCGGAUCACGCCGACAGAAAGGGGACGGCGGAGAAAGGAGGCGGCAAGCUGGACUUUAACCAAUCCAACGUCAAACAGGCCGCUGAAAUCCUGCAGGUAGUUUAACGGUCUUCCAGUCACUCGCCUUCACUGACAACCAAUGAGAGAAACGCAGGAAUGAAAACCUCCACCAGGAGGUCUUUUUAGACUCUAUUGAUGACCCAUGCUUAGAAAAAUUCAGCAAAGACAGGAGUUUGUCUUCUCUCUGAACAAGAACAGGAAGUCAGGUCUGUCCUUAACAUUUAAUACGCCUCUCCUCCUUAUUACAAUCUUCACUAUCAUGUCUUUUAUAUUCAUUUUUAACAUCUGUCUGCGGAUAACAGAUGAAAAUUAGCCGCUGGGUUGGUUUAAUGUGAAUGAAAGAAAUAAUAAUACCACUAAUUAAAUAAAUAAAUUGAAAUUAAAAUGAACUUUUAAAGGCAACAAUAAAACACAUAACCAUGAAUGAUUUGAAAACUUCAGUGAUUCACUACAUACUAGAAAGAGUUACAAAAUACACAAAUUUCCUUCAUUUUGCACCAGUCAUUUCUGAUAUAAGAACUGUCAGGACACCUUUUCCCACAAUGCAUUGUUUUGUAGUCCUAAAGACAGCUUGCUGUCAGCACAGUGCCAGAUUUCCAGAUGUACUCGCCUGGGUAUGUGCCUUGCUCCCGCCUCUUUCUCGCCAUAUUUUUAUGAUGAUUGACGUCAGAACAAAAACUACCCAAAAUGCACUGCAUCUGAGCCGCGCUGUGCCCGCCUGCAUGAUCUCAAACAGACCUACUCAAGGUAUGGCUCCACACCGACAGUUUUACCACAAUGUGGAGCAUCAAAAAUUCUGACAUUUGUUGCAAUUUAGUUCCAGAGAUUAAAUAUCUGAGUUUUGGCAUCAGCCAAUCAGGAACUCCGCUUUGGCAGUGAUGUGUUGAUGAUGUGAUCAGUGUGAUGGAGAAAAAGUUGAUUGUUGAAGUUUGUUCUCGUUCACGUUUUGAUAUUCUUCUUAUUAGUAUCAAGAAAAUAAUAAAAAUGUCUUCUAAUUCUAUUCUGAUUUAAUUUUUUCCCUCCUCGGACUAAUGUGGGACAGCAAGUCGUCAAACUAGUUUAUCAAAUUGUGUUUGUUGUGAAUGUUGCAUCAGGAGUGCAGCUGCUGAGACUGUGGAUCUACGUUGGUGUUGUUUGCUGAGAUUUUCAGUGCCAAAAGUCCAGUUUAAAUGGGCUUUUCUUGUAACUUUUCACACAGAAUCGCAGAAAAAUAUACAAAGUUAUGACAGUUUUCACCUGGAGUUUCACCAAAUUGACUACUGCAAAAAUAGAAGAUUGUCCUUAAGAAUAAACACUUGUUCUGCUCCACUCUUCAUCUGCCACUUCUGACCUGAAUCUGGAAUCCAAAGCCGUCCCUUCGUCCUAAGAUCAGUCUGCUGUUGACAUCCUAUCACCUCCACCUUUAAUAAAGGUUACACUCCUUUCA